GUAAAACGCUGCCCAAAGCACCCGAAACCGCCACACCAAUAGCACCCCGCGAUUUCUCAGCCAUGGCCGCUUUUGGGAGCUUGCCACUUUGGACCCAACCGACUUUCCGACUCACAUUUUUCUUCUUGUCUUUUCUGCCAGUCACACAUUCACCACACGCAUCCUACGGCCAUUGGAAAUAGCAGCUACAUUCAUUUUUUAAACCCAUUUAGCAAUACUAGCAGCGGCUCUUCUUCUUUCUUUUACGACAUCUUCACUUUCGGGCGAUAUCGGAUCUGACAUCCAACGGCAAAUUCCACAGCUCGUCAUGGGCAGACCACGUUUAAUUAUCUUAGUUCGGCAUGCUCAGUCUGAGGGAAACAAAAACCGCGAGAUUCACCAGACGACACCAGACCAUCGAGUCAAGUUGACACCAGAAGGCCAACUCCAGGCCCGAGAAGCGGGACACCGACUGCGAAAGCUCCUUCAACCAGACGAUACGAUACAAAUAUUCACCUCGCCGUAUAGAAGGACAAGAGAGACAACCGAGGGCAUCCUGUCCACUCUGACAUCUGACGACCCCGAACCAUCGCCCUUCCGCCGAUCUAACAUCACAGUCUACGAAGAGCCUAGGCUUCGAGAGCAAGAUUUUGGAAACUUCCAACCAUGCAGUGCAGAGAUGGAACGCAUGUGGCAGGAGAGAGCCGACUACGGCCAUUUCUUUUACCGUAUCCCCAACGGUGAGAGCGCUGCAGAUGCAUACGAUCGUGUCAGCGGCUUCAACGAAAGUCUCUGGAGACAGUUUGGCGAAGACACCUUCCCAAGUGUUUGUGUUUUGGUCACACAUGGCCUCAUGUCUCGCGUCUUCCUCAUGAAAUGGUACCACUUCACUGUCGAGUACUUCGAAGACCUGCGUAAUGUAGACCACUGCGAAUUCCUCAUAAUGCGACUACAAGACAACGGCAAGUACCAUCUUGAAACCAAAUUACGAACCUGGUCAGAACUUCGACAAGAACGUGCCGAAGUCAGCAAAGAUAAGAACGCCGAUGACGCCGAAAUAAAGGACGAAGUUAAGCUCGCACGCAACAAGACCUUUAUCUCACAUCGUAAAUGGGGUGGCUGCCCCAACGGCUGCAACCACUCUAGUCAUUACAAGAAGCGUCAUGAUCUUGAGGCUCUGCGUGAGCGUGAAAUUGAACGCGAAGCGGCAGCCUCGAUAGCCAGCCGCAGCACAUCCCCCAUUAUGAGAAAGCACCGUCCAAAGAUGAUGCUUAGCUCUGACGAAGAGGGUGCAGAUGGUGAUGACGAUGAAGAAGAUGGAGCCAAGCUCGGCAAGCCACGACAUAUUGUUUUGCCUUCCAAGGAUCUCGAGACGCCUGGAGUCGCAGUCACCCCAACUACAGAAGUAGAACAGUUUAUUACGGCAAAUGACGCGACAGCAGCGUAUCUCAGGAAGAACAGUCCCCACCUUCAUGUUGGCCGAGACUUUGGCGGAACUUAUUCAGGCCAUGCCUCAACUGCAGGCUCUGAUACAGACGCAUCUGAGGACGACCGCCGACGCCACGCCCCUAUGGCAGCGCUCAAGAGCCGCCUUCGGCUUGCCGAUGACAGACCGCAUGCGCGAAACUACAGCAUCGAUAGUAACGCCAGCAAUGCUAGUAUACCGCCUGCUAAUCCAGGUCCGUUUGUCAAUCGUCUCGGCGAUGCACCGCCGUUUAGUGACUCUGGCAUGGACGACGCCGAUCCGACACCGUCUUCCGUCGCGGCUAAGCAGAGCAAAGACUCUCGGGAAAAGGCUAAGGACGUAACAGAGAUGAGCCAGGAAGAUUUCGAUGCAGCCGAAGCAGAGGAUAAGAGUGUUCAAGGGAGCGUGUAUUAAAGCUACACCAUGGCGAAGAGAUAUGGCACGACAACAGCGGCGUUAACAAUUUGGGAGUACUCUGGAAAUAGCGUAUGCGCCAUGAAAUAGCGUGAAUAUUGUAUAAAUCUAAAAUCCUAUCCAUUGAUACAUAAAUCAUCGGUGGCAGACACCGACACAAUGAAAAUCAAGACAAUUGAAAAAAUGAAUGAAACCCUGCAAAACCAGACAGAUACAGGGAGCACUUCCCUAGCAUCUAAUGCCGCAACGAUGAAAUGAAAUCUAAAAGUAACAAAGAGAGAGAAACAGAAAAAACAAAGAGAACAAGUCUGAUCAGGGGUUGUUGGUAGUUGUAGAUGCGUUGAAAGAUGACUAGAAGUACUGCGCCAUUGCCUUACUAAGGCUGAUAAAGUCCACUGGCUUGGUAACGUAGUCAUUGAAUCCAACAGCAACGCAUUUGUCUUGCAUCACAGUCAUGACAUUGGCAGACAGAGCAAUAAUGGGGAUGCGAGGGAGGCCGGAAGCGCGUUCCCAGUCGCGGAUAUCUCGACACGUCUCAAAGCCGUCUUUUCUGGGCAUUUGAAUAUCGCACUG